UGGGCACCCAGUUAUCUAAAUACACAACAGUAAUAGAUGAAACUUUGAAAUAAUAGCAUAAUUAUAAAAAUUAUCAAGAGCAAAAAGGGUACCACACUGUACCAGCUAGUUUAGGAUCAACUACUACCCAGUGGGCUACUAGAAGAACUAGAGAGACAAGUGUCAGCCAUUGAUCGUUCAUCAUGUCUCACGACACUCGAAGAUACAGCUUUUUUGCUGGCAAGAAGAAGGUCCCUCGUCCGAAGGCUUCAGAGCCGAUCCACCUGGACCCAGAGUCAGAGGCGAAAAUGGCAGAAUUGGAGAAGAUGACAGAGCCACAAGUCAACGAGAAACUGUACACUGUGCUGGAGGACAUCAACGUGACGAGUGAUGUGGGGAGACAGCACAUCCUUGGACAGAGCCUGCCUUACAAGAAGGAGCUCAUUCGCAACUGGAUACUCAGGGACCACAGACCCACUGGGGGCGUUAGCGCAGGGCCCAGUGCACCCGAGGAGUACGUAGAGGAGAUGAAAAAAUUUGUUUUCCAGGCCGACUCUGCCGCUGAGAACGACUAUGGUGUCAUUGACAAGCUUCGAGUGUCCCUCUCCACUAAUGGACUCAGCUGGGUCAAGAAGUUUGGGGAGCACAAUGGACUGGAUGUUCUGCUCACUAUUCUCAAGGGUUGCUGCUCAGCCAACUUCCAGGGGAAGGAUGCCAUACUGAGGAAGGUCCAGCAUCAGGGUGUACGCUGUCUCAAGGCUUUCAUGAACAACAAGUACGGCCUCACGAGGAUGCUACAGAGUGAGCAGGGACUUAUCAUCUUUGUGAGUGCCAUGGACCCGUACAACGAAAACAUGAUGGCUGACGUUCUACGAGUGGCAGCUGCCGUCUGUCUGGUGGCUGACGGCCAUGACCGUGUUUUGGAGGCGGUCACGGUCAACGGAGAGACGUGCGGUAUCAACCGGUUUGACCCAGUCCUCCAAGCACUCAAAAAAACCAUCAACCCAAUGUUGCAGCUGUCAUGUCUUCAGUUUAUCAACGCCAUCGUCAACACUCCCGAUGACAUUGACUUCAAACUACAUCUCCGUAACGAGUUCAUGAGGGGGGGUCUCGAGGACGUCCUUGUAAACCUUCGUGAGAUCCAGCUCCACGACCUCACCACUCACCUGGACAUCUUCGAUGACCACAGGGAGAACGAUUUCGAGGAGAUACAACAUCGCUUCCAGGAUAUCCGGGGGGAGUUUCAUGACCCUGACGAGGUGUUCCGGAUGCUACGUCACAUGACAGCUGGGACAGCAUCAGAGCACCACUUCCUGUCCAUCCUCCAGCACAUGAUGGUCAUCCGAGAUGACUACUGGGCCCGCCCACAAUUCUUCAAACUGUUGGACCAGUGUGUAACUCAGAUUGUCCUCCACAAGUCGGGUAUUGACCCAGAUUUCCAUUACACCAAGAAGUUCAACGUGGACGUAGACCCUCUCAUAGAUGGACUGGUGGAUAAGGCCAAGGUGGAAGAGUCUGAAGCGAGAGCUUACGAUCUGGAGCAGCUGCUGCAACGUGAGGAGGCGGCCCGUAACGAAGCCGAGACCAAACUGAGUGUAGCCAUCGAGGAAACGGAAGAAACAAAGAAAAAACAUGAACUCGACGUUCAGGAGAGGGAUAACGAGAUACGAGGUCUCAAAGAAGAGCUUAUCAGACGGCCUACAGUUCAAGCUGGUGCCGGUACUGGAGCCCCACCCCCACCCCCUGGCCCUGGUGGUGCCCCACCUCCUCCUCCACCACCCCCUGGUCCUGGUGGUGCCCCACCACCUCCGCCACCACCACCCCCUGGACCAGGCGGAGCUGCCCCACCCCCUCCACCACCACUACCAGGUGGUGUUCCCCCGCCCCCUGGUGUGCCUGGAGCCCCGCCCCCUCCAGGCUUUGCAAUGCCCAACACCAUCCCUGGACUCAAAGAGAAAAAGAAGUUCAAACUGGACGUGCAAAUGAGGAGAAUGAAUUGGAAUAAGAUCGAAAAGCAGAGGCUGCAGCCCGACUCUUUCUGGGUGUCGACUAACGAGGAAUCAUUUGCCUCGAGAGAUUUCUUUACAGAACUAGAAAAAACAUUUGCCACUGGCAGAGCUCGCACUCAGCUAGAAUCUUCCACUCCCAAGUUCAAGCCAUCAAAGGUUAAGCAACUCAAAGUUCUUGACUCAAAAUCAGCUCAGAAUAUCUCCAUUCUCCUAGGUACACUGCGUAUGGAGUACAAGGCCGUGAGAAGCAUGGUCUUGUCAUGUGAUCCUGAGCGAUUGACUGAGCAGCUGUUAGAGCAGCUAUCCAAGUACAUGCCGUCACGUGAUGAGAUGAUACAGCUCAUGGCUUACAGAGACAAACCGGGCGAUCUAGCCGAAGCUGAGCAGUUUGGAGUUGUGAUGAGUGAUGUGAAGCGACUCCCAGAUAGACUGGAGUGCCUAUUGUUCAGAGCAAGGUUCCAGGAGGAGCUCGAUGAACUGACUCCAAGUGUCUCCGCAGUAACGACUGCUUGUAGGGAGAUGAGACAGGGCAAAAAGUUCUCCAAAGUUCUUGAGCUCAUUCUCAUGACUGGUAACUACAUGAAUGCCGGGUCACGUAACCAGCAGUCAUACGGCUUUGACUUGAGCUUUCUGACAAAGCUUGGAGGUACGAAGUCCGCUGACCAGAAGACCACCCUCCUCCACUUCCUGGCCAAUGUCAUGGAGUCAAAGUUCCCAGACCUGCUCGACUUUGCAACAGAGAUGAGGAACGUUGAAGCUGCUUCAAGAUGUUCUGAGGAGAUGAUGAGUAAAGGGGUGAAGCAGAUGGAGGCUGGAAUCUCUCGACUCAAGACAGAGAUAAAACAGCACCAGAAACCAUCAGACAGGAGCGAUAAGUUCGCAGAGGAGAUGAAUAAGUUUGUGCAUAAGGCAGAAGAGAAAUUCAAAAAGAUUCGAGAUCAGUUCCAGCUCAUGGACAAGAAGUGUGAUGAUCUCGCCAAGUUCUUCGUAUUUGACCGUAAAAAGGUGACAAUGGAGGAGUUCUUUGGAGACAUCACCUUCUUCCUCAAGGACUUUGAGAGAGCAAGGAAAGAGAAUGCUAAGAUCAGGGAACAGAUGGAGAGACAAAGACUCGCCAAAGAAAGAGAGGAAAGAGCGAAGCAAGCUAAACAAAAGAGACCGUCCAACACGUCCAAGACGAGGGUGAUUGAUCUGAGCAAGGAUGGGGACGAGGAAGGUGUGCUAGACAACCUACUGGAAUGCCUGCAAUCAGGGAGCAUGUUCCAGAAUACUAGAGGCAAGAAGAGAGGAACUGCCAACAAGGCUGUCACUGCCUCAAGAACAAGAGGUGCUCUAGCUGGCUCAAGAGAUGAUCUGGACAGUCCUACUGGAGUAGUCCCAAACACAGACGGGAGCAAUACCACAUCGACAGCGUCUGCUUCACGAUAUGCAAACUAUUCAGCGAGAACUAGAGACAGAAACGGGAAAGGAGGAAGCCAAGCUCAAGAUAUACUCGCACGAAUACAAGACAAGCCUUCAGGAACAGUACUCUGAACAGCAUCAUGCAUUUAUGUUUAUAGCUAUUAUCUAUCUAUUCACUGACAUUGUAGUUGGUUUCAGCCAUUCAGGAAAUGUGUAAACAAUUCGUAUGCCAAAUUUUGUGUGUUUUAUGUGCAUUUCAUUAAUAGGUAUGUAUCGUUAAAUAUAAA